CGGUUGUUAAGUUGUUACCUAAACUGCUGGACGGUAAUACUGAUAUAUUUUGCUUAGUUUCUUCUCCCAUUCUCGUCUUUGUGACAGAAACAAAAUUUGUUCAGCUGCCGGGACGCGGCUUGAAAUUCAAUGCAACUCCGGGGUGUUUGACCGUCGUAUACGGCGGUCGCUAGAUUAUAUCUCUUUUGACAGCGGGCCCUCCACGAAGCAGCAUCCGUUUGGCUUCGACUUGAUUGAUCAAUAAGAACACAGCGCCAGCCACCGUUUUACCAUAAUUUACAUUAUAAUCUGGACAAUUUGGAACAGUAUUACAGUAUGAGCGGUAGCAUCCAUCGAUUCCUUUCAAAAAGGGAGAGGCUUCGUCGACGCAAGGAUCUCCCUGGUUGGAGAUCAAAAGCUUCCUCUAUGGCAUCCUCGACUGACGUUUCUACGAUGCAACCUUGGAGACUGUUCUCAGUCAGCCAAAAGGAAGCAGAUGUCAGUGGAAACCAAACUAAAAUCACAAAGCAAUUGGUUUCCAGACUAGAACAGCGCGUCUCAGCUUACGGCCUACCAAACCUAGGGAAGCAGCAAUUUCAAUAUGCACUCCAAUCCAAACAUGCGAACGGAGAUGUGGACAAAGCGUUUGAGCUUAUAGUUAUCAUUGAAGAUUCUAUUGAAGGCAUUCUUAGAACGUACAGACCGAGUACGAAACUGCUGGGGGCCGAAAACAGAGAAGGGGUGACCUGCUAUCUCGAUGCCCUCCUUUUUGCAAUGUUUGCUCGUCUUGAUUUUUUCGAAGGAGUUCUAUAUAACACUUUCGAUGAUGAUCCCAGAAGGAAUCUUGUGGUUUUACUGCGGCUUUGGGUAAACAUGCUACGAUCAGGGAAAUUGAUCACCACCGACAUAACAAAACAACUUCAAGAAGCACUAGCUGCAUGCGGCUGGACCGAUGCAGCACUACUGCGGCAGCAAGAUGCAUCGGAAGCAUUCACCUUCAUCACUGAGAAGUUAGAGCUACCAUUAAUAACAUUAAAGAUGGAUAUCUUUCACAACGGCAGGGAAGAGGCGGGUGAUGAUCACAGAUUUAUAAAUGAACGCCUUCUAGAAGUUGCCAUUCCUCCACCGAUGGAUGACAACCCCGUCACCUUAGAAGAGUGUCUGGAAGCGUAUUUCAAUAAUCGAGUUGAGGUCAAAAGAUUCCUUGAACGCCAAAAUACAUUGAAAUCCAUCUCCUCGAUGGAUUCCAUGUCAAAGGGAUAUGCUUCUCACGUGGAAAGCGUCGAAAUUGACUGCUCUACAAAUUCCUCUCCUCAACUGCUUGACUCCAAUCUAGCUCCUUUCCCUGAACUUACUGAAGAACCGUCUCCACUACCCAACUCCGUAAGCUCUCCUAUACGUCCUCCAAGAGCACACCGAACCCCCAGCAUCGUUAGGGAGCGCUUUUUCCCCGAUGUUGAUGGUAUCAGUAGCGAUAUUGAAGAAAGCAGCUCCAGGAGGCUGGUCAAUAGGCAUAGAAAGGGAAGCGUUCGAAAAGAAGUAUUGAUGCCUGCAUGGCAAAUAUUUAGCUUGAUUCCCUGGUAUACGGAUAGCAUUCCUACAAAUGUCGCCGAGACAGCAGCGCACUUCUCAACGAGACGGCCCAUAUUAGGCAUGUGCCUAAAAAGAUAUUCAGUAUUGCCUGACGGCAGGGCCAUUCGGUUGGAUACUCAUGUCGACGUUCCUACUGAGAUUGGCCUUCCUCACUUUAUUAAAGACGAUAAUCUGGAGGACGGUGCCCCUCUGUACGGGAAUUUCAAGCUUUCUCUGCAGGCAGUAGUUUGCCAUCGGGGAAACUCGGUCGAUUCGGGCCAUUAUAUUUCCCUAGUCAGGGGAACCUCCCUGACCGACUUGGGUUGUUCAUCGAGUAGCUUUUCGCUAAGAGACGAUUUAUUUUUGGAUCAUAGCAAUUACUGGUUGCGGUUUGAUGAUAUUGCUCAAGAGCGUAUCACACUCAUUGAUAUCGACAAAGCAUUGAGGGAAGAAUCUCCAUAUCUCCUAUUCUACCAAAUCCUUCCGAUCGAUGCCGACCCCGCUGAAUUAAUUCCGCCGCCGUACGAAGAAACCGAUAGAUACAGCGGUUUACUGUUCGAGAAGGGCAUAUGUGAAACUUUAGAUUCGAGUUCGGACAAAGAUCCACAAGAGCAAAGUUCGCGGAAUCCAUUCGCUACUCUCACCAACCGGGUGUCGGAGGAGACACACGUAACCGCAGCGUCCUAUAGCCCCCAGGAAGCUUCCAAAGAUUCCCGGAAGAAAGAUCGAUCUUCUUCCUCAGAGAAGAAACUCAGCGCUGCAUUCUCAUAUCUCUCACGCCGGAAGAGCACUGAGCCCCUUUCGUCAGCGCAAAGCUUGGAACGUGUGAGUAGUGUGCAGCAGAGGCACUCGGAAGAUAUACCAAGAGAUGUUGAAAGGAUCAUAGGUCCAUCAGCGUUGAAGAGGGUGACUCAGCCUGAUAGGGAGUGUGUGGUUAUGUGAUGAAAGAUACGUUGACUUCAGCGAUACCCAGCUAACUUGGAUAACUCACAGAGCUUUGGAGAUUUUUAUUGGUGUUAUUUAUCUGCAUCACAGGCAUAGCGUAUAUUAGCAAUAGAA